AGAGAGUGAGAGGGGGAGGGGGAGAGGGACAUGCGUGCUAUGGAGGUGGUCAAGAGAGGCUCACAUUCCUGCCACUGUUAUUCCUGCGUCAGUUAGGACCGUGACUGUCUUCCUCUCUGCUCGCCACACUCCUAACAGAAAUCAACCCACAUCAACCCACAUCAAGCCAAGCCGAGCCAAGCCGAGCCAAGCCAGCAAAAUGUCCACGGCUUUAUUUACUCGCUUCAGUCUCCCGGAAGGCUUGGAGGAGCUGGUGGAGGGUCUGGCCAGGGAGGUGAUCAAGAGCCAGUGUGCUGAGCCUUAUGACAUCUACCAGUUAGCAUGGACACACUUCUCAGAUCUGGUUGGAAGGCGGAAGAAUAUUAAAAAUGCCGUGCCUUACGUGCAGCCUGGGGGGAGGAGGAGGCGUACGUCGGGCCCGAAGCAGGAGCAGCAGGGUGGCAGGGGCAGAGGCAGGGCAGCUGGCGCCACACGGGUGGCGGCAGGCGGCCCGGACAGGAAGGACGGGGGGAAGAGCCACAUUCUGGUGCGCGCCUCGUCCCUGGAGCGCGAGGGGCGAGAGGGGCGAGAGGGGCGAGUGCCGCGCCGCCAGGACAAGAUGAAGAAGACUGUGUCUCUUGACCGCCGCCCCUUCCCAGGGGCCGCCGCCACCAGGCCAGCAGAGGACAGGCCCAGGGAGAAGCUGCCGCCACCCUCCUUCAGGAAGAGGACGAAGAAAGAACCCAAGGCUAAAAAAACCGAGGGACAAGGCGUCACUGGUGCAGCUGUGGCGGCGCAGCUGUGGCAGGGGUGACAGCCGCUGCAGCAGGAGUGGCAGCUGCAGUGACGGCUAACGGGACACAGGAAAAUGUGGCCGAUGGCAUUUUGGAAGAAAAGGCUGACCUGAAUGGUGAAGCUGCACAACUGGCUAAUGGUGUGGCUGAUACAGCUGAAGACGUGACAGCUGAUGUGGCUGAUGCAGCUGAAGAUGUUGCGGAUGCACAUGGAGAUGUGACAGCUGAAGUGGAUGAUGCAGUUGGAGAUGCGACAGCUGAUGUGGCUGAUGCAGCAGAAGAUGUUGCUGAUGCAGCUGGAGAUGUUACAGCUGAAGUGGAUGAUGCAGUUGGAGAUGUGACAGCUGAAGUGGAUGAUGCAGCUGAAGAUGUUGCUGAUGCAGCUGGAGAUGUGACAGCUGAAGUGGAUGAUGCAGUUGGAGAUGUGACAGCUGAAGUGGAUGAUGCAGCUGAAGAUGUUGCUGAUGCAGUUG